CUGCCUCCGCCCUCCUCGCCGACGGCUUCCGGACCCGCGCCCUCGCUCCCCGGGGCCGGUCUCGGGAAGCACACGCGCGCGGGUACCCACCCGGGUGCGGGGUCUGCACCCACACCUGUCACACCCGACCUGAGGAACGUCUUCACGGUGGCGGGGGGCAAAGCCCGCAGGCACCCCAGGGCGCCGGGACACGCGCGCGCCCGCCUCGCGGCGUCUUCACCCACUUCGGGAGUAAACCCCCCCACACCCCAGAGGCCCACGUGGACACCGGAGACACUGGCGGGGGCACCUGCAGACACCCUCGGCACUCGGUCUCACCGUGUGGCUGAGGCACACACACCCUCCGCCCCGCCGCCCACGCCGGGGGCCUCCGGUUCUCCGGGCCGAACACAUCGCGCGUCUCCUGGGUGCCGCUUUAUAUAUAUCGUGCAUCUUGACCCCAAUGGACGUUGCAUGGACCAGAGGCAGGGAUGGUUGGCUAUGACCCCAGCACAGAUUGCAGGAAUAUCUCCAAGUCCGAGGUGGCCGUGGCUGGAUCUGUGUCUGGACUUGUCACUCGGGCACUGAUCAGCCCCUUGGAUGUCAUCAAGAUCCGUUUCCAGCUUCAGAUUGAGCGCCUGUCUCGCAGCGACCCCAAUGCAAAAUACCACGGAAUCCUACAGGCUGGGAGACAGAUUUGGCAGGAGGAGGGCCCAACAGCAUUCUGGAAAGGACACAUCCCAGCCCAGCUUCUCUCCAUAGGCUAUGGAGCUGUCCAAUUUUUGUCAUUUGAGCUGCUGACCGAGCUGGUCCACAGAAGCCACGGGUCCAAGGCCCAGGAAUUCUCAGUGCACUUUGCGUGUGGCGGCCUGUCUGCCUGCCUGGCCACCCUCGCCGUGCACCCGGUGGAUGUGCUGCGCACCCGCUUUGCAGCUCAGGGUGAGCCCAGGGUCUAUAAAACCCUCCGAGACGCCGUGGUGACCAUGUACAGGACCGAGGGCCCCUUGGUCUUCUACAGAGGCUUGAGUCCUACCUUGAUGGCCAUCUUCCCCUACGCUGGGUUCCAGUUCUCCUUUUACAGCUCCUUAAAGCAUGUGUAUGAGUGGGCCAUGCCAGCUGAAGGAAAGAAAAAUGGGAACCUCAAGAACCUGCUUUGUGGCGGUGGAGCCGGAGUCAUCAGCAAGACCCUGACGUACCCCCUGGACCUCUUCAAGAAACGGCUGCAGGUCAGGGGCUUUGAGCAGGCCCGAGCCACCUUCGGCCAGGUACGGACUUACUCAGGCCUCCUGGAUUGUGCCAAGCAGGUGCUGCGAGAGGAGGGUGCCAAGGGCUUCUUCAAGGGCCUGUCCCCCAGCCUGCUGAAGGCUGCCUUCUCAACCGGCCUGGUGUUCUUCUGGUAUGAACUCCUGUGUAACUUAUUCCACCACCUCAAGAAGGCAGACAGCUAGCUUUGAGGGCAGGAAAGACAACCUCUGGGAAGAAGGAAGACUUGGUCUCCAACCUGGUGUUGCACUGAGAGCUGCUGCCCACCCCCUAGUGCCCCAGCUUGCCGGCCGAGGCACAAAGAGCCUUCAGGAGCAGGACACAGCCUUAGUCCCAUCCUGCUGGGUCUCCCCCAGGACAGGGGCUUGCAGGGAAAAUGCAGGAAUUGGUCUGUGGCCCCAGAGAUGGAGAGCGGAGAAGGAGCUUGAAGUCGUUUCUCCUCUGUCUAGCCCACAUUUGAAGGAAACAGAUGCCAUCCUACCCUUCUUGGGCUCCUCUGCCGGGAGAGAUCUCCUGGGUCUGGAAGGGGCUGCACUUGAGGACACAGGGCUGGGCUGGGGCUUUUUGCAAGGGUCCGUCCCCACACUUGGGGCUGCUAUUCCCACCAGUUUAAUAGACAUUAAAGUUUGAGGCACCUGCCUUAUAUUCCCCCCCAUUUGUCCUGACAGAUCACCUCCCACAACUCUGCUCACAGAUAGGAGGGAAAGGACCCGCCUUCCCUGCUUCCAUUUCUCUCUGACGCUGCAGCUCUCAGGCAGCUCUGCUUCUAGUUCUGGUUAAAACAACAAAUUUAUUCUCUCCCAGUCUUGGAGGCUGUAAGUCAAAAUCGGGGUGUCCGCCGUGCCGGGCUCCCUUGAAGGCUCCAGGGAGGAACCUUCCCUGCACCUCCCGGCUCCUGGGCUUGUCCAGGCCCGGGCGCUCUUUGGCUGUGGCUGCAGCCCUCCAGUCUCUGCCUCUGCCUACUCAUGAGCUCCUCCCCCAUGUCUCUGUGUGUCCUGUCCCUAGAAGGCCACAGGUCAUUGGACCUAAGGGCCACCCUGUCCCAGCCUUUUAAGUUGACUACACUUGCAGAGACCCUGUUUCCAAAUGAGGCAUAGUCUGUGGUUCCAGGUAGAUUUGAGAGGGACAUUAGUCAACCCACUCCACCCCCCAUGUCUGGAUCCUUGUGUCCAGCCAGAACUGGUCAUGGCCAUGGGCCUCGAUGGGUUUCCAAGGAAAGCAGAUGGUGGCCCUGCAGGAAGUGGGAGGGGUGUGCUGGUGUGGGGGAGAAGAGGGGCAGGCAGCAGCCCUUCCCCGGUCUACCCUGGUUGCUCCUCCUCCCCUGGUGCUGGGGUGGCCUUCCUGGGGCACAUGGACAUUCCAGCUGGGUGGUUACUGUCAGCUGCCUGCUUUGGGGGUGGGGGGCUCCUUCCUGGCUCAGAGCAUGGCACUGCAUGUAUCGCCCGUCUCUGGGUUGGCCGAAGGAAGGGGUUGGGCAGCCAGCCUGGCAAGGGCACAUUUAGUGCCCAGAGGGGAGCUGUCAGGACCCAGAAGCCCACAGGAGAUUUAGCUAGACACAGUGGAGAAACUUCUGUUAGCGGGAUGAGAAGAAAAUCUACAGAACCCAACCACCACCCUUUCUACCCUGCUUGCCAGCAGCCCCACCCGCAAGGGGAGCUCGACAGAACAGCUGCUGGGUCUCCGAUGGUGGGAGCCAGGAUGGGGGAGCAGAGUUGAUUCCCACCCAGGCUCCAGCCUCUGCACUGCCUUGGAGCCUGAGGAAGGCACCUGUUGGGAGCAGCAGAGGGGUGGGUGUCAGGGAUCUGGCCCAUUGGGGCAAGGCCCCUUCCCUCACCGUUGUCAUCCCUGUGCCGUCGGGCCCGAUGAGGGUCUCUGCUGCAUCUGGGAUCCUGAAUGCUGAGGCCUCUCCACUCGUGGCUGCUGGUUCUGAGGACCAGGCUGCUGCUGGGGGCCGUUCUGACGCAUGGGGCAGCUGGCUACAGGCCUGGGCCUCCGGUUGUGGGGAAGCGGGUGCUUGAAUGUAUUUUUUUUUAAUGAAAUUAUAGGGUGUCCGUUGAAGUAAAGUUUAUUCUCACCUC